CAUGGGCAAAUUUACUGGAGUGUCAGUUAUAAUGAUGUUAGAGUCCAUAAUAUGCAGAGCCAUAAACUUGCCUCUGAUGCUACUCGUCCAGUAAUAGUGAUGUCGUCCAGUGAAGAUGUAAAAGUACAGGAAAUGCUUGGAAAGAAGUUUGACAUUGUUUAUGCUUCUGGUGCUGGAUACAAACUUCUUGUUGUUGCACUUGGACAGGUGGUAGCAUAUGUUUGCUCCAAAGGUUCAACUUUCCGGUGGGACACAGCAGCACCUCAUGGUUUGCUGCAAGCCUUGGGAGGUGGUGUAGUUGUCUACAGACAGUUAUUAAGCUCUGCUGAAGAUAAUCAUAUAUCGGAAGAUAUGUUGAAAAGUAUUCAGAUAAAAUACCACAAGCCAAAUGUUGAUUCACCAAAAGCCAGCUUACAAUGGAGCAAUGCAGGAGGAAUUGUGGCUUAUAGGGAGACUGAAGUAUUACCAACCAUUUUAGAAUGUUUGAGAAACUCAUAGAUAAGAUUUUUUUUUUUUUUUUUUUUAUAAAGAG